AUGAGUCAGCUGCACAUUUCUCAGCUGUGGAAGUUCAAUAGUGGCGUUUCUGAAGAACCAUGGAUGGAAUGCUUCCAUGCUGUCGUUGAGAGACAUGCACGAGAAAAUCCCCUAUCUCAAGCAAUCGAUGCAUGGGAUGGGAGAUUCACAUACGCAGAACUGAAUAAUCUGUCAAUUCUGCUAGCCAAAUACCUUCAAUCCCAAGGAGUUGGGCCCGGUAGUGUUGUUCCUAUAUCUUUCGAGCGUUCUGCGUGGGCGAUCGUGGCUAUGUUGAGCGUGUCAAAAGCUGGCGGCGCAUUCGUGAGCAUUCCGCCAUACUUGCCAUCUGGUAGAAGAGAAGCAAUGGUUCAAAUGAUAUCUCCGUCAAUCUUAUUGACAACAUCAGAUUUUUGUCACCUCUGGGCCACUGGACCAAAAUGCAUUCCGAUAGAGGGCAGCCGUAUAAAUUGUCUACCAACAUCCGAACUGCCCCUAAUAACAAGAUCCAAACCGGAAGAUACCUUUUAUAUAAUUUUCACCAGCGGUUCAACAGGGGCUCCAAAAGGGUGUAUGGUAUCCCAUUCGUCGUUUUUGAAUGGAGCUUUAAGAAAAGCUCCAGAAUGGAAAUUUGGACCCAAGCGCCGUGUCCUUCAGAUGCUAAGCCAUACAUUUGACAUGAGCCUCCUUGAAAUCUGUACUAGUUUGGGUUCUGGAGCAUGUGUAUGCGUACCCCGGACGGAGGAUAUCGAAGAUAGCCUUGCAAAUGCGAUUAACAAAUAUAACGUCAGUCUCGCAGUUAUGACCCCGUCACUUGCCAGACAGUUGGAGCCUGAAGCAGUACCCAAACUACAGGUUCUCUGCCUCGGAGGAGAAUCAUUUCCUAAAGACCUGGUCACACUGUGGUCCGAGCGAAUCAACCUCUUUCAAUUCUAUGGCCCAAGUGAAUGCUCAAUCAAUUCAUCAACAAGAGCUAUAACACACAAGAAUACUGAUCCAUUGAAUAUUGGAGUUCCUAAUAACGCAGCAUGUUGGGUGGUAUCCCCGGAAGACUACAACAAGCUCGUCCCUAUUGGCGCCACCGGGGGAGCUUUUGGUCUCUGGUGCUAUUGUCGGCCAAGGCUCAAUGGUCAACGCCUUGAGCUGGGUGAAGUUGAAUACCAUUUGACUCUCGAGGAAGGAGUCGGCCAUGCAAUGGCGAUGGUUCCAAGGACAGGACGAUGUAAGGAUAAUUUGAUGGGGAUAAUAUCCUUAAAGUCAUCACCUCCUGUCGACAGCAACGACGAAAUAUCAACUCUUCAAGGUGCUUUGGUUGAUCAAAGUAUACAAUCCAUCCGGAAACGAUUACAAAAUUCUCUUCCAAGGUAUAUGGUUCCAACUAUAUGGGCGUGUAUCCUUCGGAUGCCUAUGUCUGCAUCUGGAAAAAUUGAUCGUGUUAGAGUACGCCGAUGGGUUGAAGAAAUGUCAGAAAGCACAUUUCGUGAGAUAACUGGGGGUAUACAACAACCUGGAGACAGGAAUCCUUUGAGUAAGAUGGAACAGUUUGUCCAAAAUAUAUGGAGUUCUGUUCUUGACUUGUCACCACAGGAUGUUGGUCGUCAUCAAUCAUUCAUACAACUUGGUGGCAAUUCUAUCCUAGCCCAAGAAGUUGUAGCAAAAUGCAGGAAGGAAGGUAUAGGGCUGACAAUGACUGAUAUUUUGACUUGCAAUGGUAUUGCCGGAGCGGCAUCCUUGACAACAGCACUUGGGAACAACGAGUCGCAGACAAGACUGCUUUCCUCCACUUCCACACCAGUGUGGAGAAAACUUCGAGAAAAGUACGAUUUGUCUCGCCUAGGGGUCUCACAUAUAGAGGACAUUGAAGAUGUGUAUCCUUGCACACCUAUGCAAAUAGGUAUGUUCCUCGGCCAGAUUCGAAAACCAGGCUCAUAUCAUCUUCGAUUCUUCUAUAAACCGAUUGUGAAGGGUGGGAAAUUGCCAGAACUCGGAAGGAUUGAAUCAGCCUGGCACCAAGUUGUUUCUCACCAUACCUCAUUGCGUACAGUAUUUGUGGACGACCUGGGAGUCGGUGCGGAGUACCAUUCCGUUGUAUUGCGCAACGCCCCGGUAGAUGUGUGUAUAGACGAAGUCCCAGAGAAAUUUUCACCCUCUGAGGCUAUGGAAACAUUUACCAAGUCAAUCAAACGAUUUGCAAAGCGUUCAACGUUCCAUAGAAUAUCCCUAUGCGUAUGUGGUGACAAGGUCACGUACCUCAUGAUAGAGGUAUCCCAUGCCUUAGUUGAUGGUGCCGCCAUGGAGAACCUGAUGAGAGAUUUUGCAACUGCCUUCGAUGACGGACAGCUCCUUUACCAGCCACAGCCCUAUCGAGAAUUCGUAAAAUACGUGGCUUCACAAAACAAUGAGGCCAGUGCUAGGUACUGGACGACGUAUCUCAAAGAUUGCCCGCCCUGCAUGAUACCCGUCAGUAAACAGAUGAUGUUUGACGACCUGCCCACUCGCUUCUUGAGAAAGGACUUCGUCUACGAGAAAAGCAGUGAUUUUCUAGCCAAAUGCAAAGAAAGACAAAUAACAGUGGCAUCAGCUGUUAGGGUUGCUUGGGCAUUGGUCCUCAGGGCAUAUAUUGGGUCCAGUGACGUAUGUUUCACUUAUGUUGCUGCUGGUAGAGAUGUACCCGUGAAAGAUGUGAACAAAAUGGUUGGACUAUGCCUAAGCAUACAGCCUUGUCGAGCGCAGCUCUGCACUGGCACAACGUUCGUAUCUCUUGCAGAAAGAAUGCAACAAGAAUAUAUCGAAAGCAUGCCAUACCAACACUAUCCUCUAACGGAACUAAAGGCGAGGUUAUAUCCGAAAGGCAGUGAGGCUAUGUUCAACACGGCCGUUUCCAUGGAGUGGACUGCUCGAACUGACCCAUUUUAUAACACUUCCAUUGCAUUCGAGGAGAUUAGGGAGCAAGAUGACCCGACGGAGUAUGAUAUUGUUGCCAACGUCGAAAUUGUCGACAAUAUCAUGAAGCUGGGCUUUUUAUAUUGGCCAUCUUUCAGUGACAUAGAUGUGAUACAUAUUGCAAAUGCUUCUAAAAAGGCAUUGGAUUGUUUGCUGGACUCUGCGGAUAAAUCGGUGGAGGCCAUCUCGUUGGAUGGUGAGCAUGUAUUUCAUGCCAUGAAGUCUUCAGACCAGGAGUCACUGCAUCACACAGAAACGUGUGUAUUUGACGCUAUAGAGAGACAAGCUAUGGCACAGUUGAAUACUCAAGCGGUGGUAUCUUGGGAUGGAGAAUACUCUUAUGGCCAGCUUACUAAAUAUUAUACCACCUACGCAAAGUAUCUUGUCGAGCAAGGAGUCAACAACGGAGAUAUCAUUGUCGUAUGUCUCGACAAAUCUUGCUGGUCUGUCAUAACAAUAUUGGCGAUUCUGAAAGCAGGUGCCGUCUUUGUUGCCACAAAUCCCCUUCAUUCUCAGCAGCGACUCGAGAGUAUAGUGAAUCAUUGCCAGGCAAAGCUCAUCAUCGUCGAGCCUAGAUAUUCCUCGCUUUUCGAGACGGUUGAUACGCCAACAGUUGUAGUGAAUAAGGAAACAGUAGAGAGGGCCCUACUUUCAACAACACUUCCAACAAUUCGUGACUCUGAUAUAGCGACGAUCGUUUAUACUUCGGGAACCACUGGGUUGCCAAAGGGAAUUAUAAUCGAUCACGGCUCCCUGUGCACAAGUGUGCUCCAAGGACAUGGAAAACGCUAUGGAUUCGACGAAGAGACUCGUGCACUGCAAUUUGCUGCUUUCACAUUCGACGCUUGCUUGCAGGAAAUCAUUACCGUUCUAUCUCAUGGAGGAUGUGUAUGUGUUCCGUCAGAGGAUGCGCGUUUAUCAGAUCUUGGAGGUUGCAUAACCCAAAUGCGAGUGAAUUUAGCGCUCCUCACACCAACUGUCGCGAGACUCAUUAGAUCUCAGGAUGUCCCCUGCCUGAAAAGGAUGAUAUUGUGUGGAGAGCCAAUGUCUCGCCAAGACCUAGAAGCAUGGGCGGGAACGGUUACCCUCUACAAUGGAUACGGACCAGCUGAAGCAACUAUUUGUGUCUCCAUUAGCGGUCCUCUGGACGUUUCGAAUGACCCUGCCAAUAUAGGAUACGCUGUAGAUGGAACACGACUUUGGAUAACUGAGGCAGCAGAUUAUAACCGUCUUGCCCCUGCCGGAUGCAUUGGAGAACUGGUCAUUGAGUCACGUCAAGUCAGCCGAGGAUAUCUACACGAUGUAGAGAAGACAAAUGCCAUGUUUAUCAACCCUGCCUGGCUGCCGGGAUGUAGGGUAUAUAAAACAGGUGAUCUGGCAAAGAGAAACCCAGAUGGAAGCCUAACAUACUGUGGUCGCAAAGACACACAGGUUAAGCUACGUGGACAGCGAGUGGAGCUUGGAGAGGUUGAAUACCAUGUGUGCGAAUGCUGGACAAAUGCAUCAGGGGUAGUAGCUGAGGUUAUAUACCCGACGGGAGAAGACAAGGCGACAUUAGCUGCAUUCGUCUGCACUAGCGAUGCACAAAACAAUGCACUCGGUGAUCUCGAUGCACCCGAAGAACCCAAAACUGGGUUGUCUCCGGUUUGGGUAUCAAAGGAGUUCAUUGAGCAACUAGAAGAUCGGCUUCCAUGUUACAUGGUUCCGUCCAUAUUUUUCACAAUACCUUCCGUACCCCUCACCCCGAAUAAAAAGACAGAUCGCCAGCACCUCCGUGAUAUCGGUUCCAAUUUUACUAGUGAACAGCUUGCCCGUGUAAGCGAUCACCAGAAUAAUUCCAAACGUAUGCCGUUAGAAGCCAGAGAACGGAAACUGCAGCAGUUGUGGAGUUUCGUUUUGAAUAUCGACAGGAGCCAAAUAAGCUUAGACGAUAGCUUCUUUCGCUUGGGUGGGGAUUCAGUCUCAGCAAUGAGGCUGGUGACAACUGCAAGGAAAUCUGGUAUUAACCUGACAGUAGCAGACGUAUUCCGUCACCCUCAUAUCGAUGAACAGGCCAGGAUUGCAUCUUCAUCCUCCAACAAUAUUUUGAAGACUCUGAUAGGCAAGCCGUUUGCACAUAUCCAGAGAAAGGACUUGGAGAGAGUUGUUUCUUUGGUAGGGCUUGGUCCAUACGCUAAUAUUGCGAGUGACAUCGAAGAUAUCCUUCCAGCGACAGAUUUACAGUCAUUUUAUGCCUCACGCAUAGCUGAAGCUUCAAGGGACGCAUUAAAUUAUUUCUACCUGAGAUUUGACAACACCCCUGAUGUCACCAGGUUGCGUCACGCUUGUCAAAGCAUUGUCGACCAAUUUCCAAUAUUGCGUACAAUAUUCAUACCGACUCAAGGCAGGACUUAUCAAGUUGUCAUUCGAAGGCUUCAGGUACCUUUAGAGAUUCACAACAGCGUGAAGAACUUAAGCAAGGCAAGUGACCUAUUUUGCCUCCAGGAUCUGGAAAACAAAAUCAUUUCAGGCUCGCUAUUCUUAUCUUUCACACUGAUUCGACAUGCGAUAUCUGGGUCUCAACUUAUCAUCCGUAUGUCCCACGCACAGUAUGAUGGCAUGUCGUGGCCAUUAAUUCUUCGAUGUUUCCAAGAAUCAUAUGCUGGAGUUCCACGGAGCCCAACUCAGUCGUUUUCAGGUUUCAUCUCAUACACCAUUGGGAAAGUGAGUGAGUCAAGGAAAUACUGGACAAAUCUUCUCCAAGGGUCACAUGUGACGCAAGUUUCCGCUAAAUUUACGAUGGAAACCCCCUUGCAAAGGGUGGAGAAAACCCAUGUUGAAAAAACAGUGGAGUUGCCAAUCCCGCCAAAGGGCAUCACUGUCGCGUCACUCGUGAGUUCAGCAUGGUCACUUGUCCUCAGACAAAUAACAGGCAAGAGGGACGUUGUAUACGGGUUUGUCGUUGCUGGGCGAAACAUCGGUAUGCCACAGAUACAGGAGGUUGUUGGCCCAUGCAUGAACACAGUUCCUGUCAGAAUAUGUUUCAACUCUAUGCGGACAACAAUAGAUCUCCAGCGCCAUACAAUGAAUCAGUACUUUGCCAUGGGAGAUGCCGAUUCUUUGGGUUUCCAGGAUAUUGUGGAGAACUGUACCCAAUGGCCAAGCGGUACCAAGCUUGACACAUUACUUCAGUAUCAUGACAUUGACGAAACUCCAGUGGUUACAUUGAGCGGUGGCCCGGAUUCGGAACCCUGCAGUGCACAGCUAGACUGGUUCCGAAAACCAUACGCCGCACCCACAAACAUUGAGGUAUCUGCUCGUCCAAAUGGCAAAACACUUGGAAUCACGGUCUCUAGUGAUGGCAGUUUGCUAAGCACUGAGUCUGCCACGGCAAUCCUGACAAUGUUCGAAAGAUCUAUUAGAAUACUUUCUAACGGUCGUGCAAUUCCGUUGGAUUCGAUCAAUCUUCUCGCUGUUGCAGCCCGCCGGAACCAGCCCAAGAUUCCCGAUCUCUGUCCGCCAGCUUACUUAACAUUUCAGCUGUUGAGUCUGAUGCUUGGAUCAUGA